AUGGCCGGCGGCAAAGGCUGGGGGCAGCCCGGGCUGCCAGCCGCUUUCAUUCUAGGAGCGCUGCUCACGCUGUGCGUCGUCUUCCUGACUGGCGGCAGCCUAGGGAUGCGAUGGCAAGGAGCCCCAGGACUGCGGACUGGUCCUUUAGAGCGGAAGUUUGGGCUGCAAGAUGCGGCGCAGGGCGGCGAGGCCUCGCUUGCAGCAGCAGCAGCAGCAGCAGCAGCCAUUAGCAAUGCCACGCUGCAGUGUCCUGAGCCGGAGCCUGUGACCUGCCCCGAUGCCGUGGCCUGCCCAGAGCCGGAGGAACAGCAGCCGUGCCCAGCCUGUAAAGCCUGCCCACCGCCCGUGCUGGCGCCGGCACCGGCGCGCUGCCCGGUAUGCCCAGAGCCCGAGCCGGAGAAGUGCCCUAAGACGGAGAAGUGCCCUGAGCCGGAGCCUUGCCCGGCGUUGCCCGAGAAGCAGCCGGGGGCGCCAGAGGACGGCGGGCAGCAGCAGCAGCAGCAGGGCAAGCAGCAGCAGGCGGCGGGCACGCAGGCGGGCGCCGCGCCGCACCUGCGCAUGCCCUGGGACCCGCUGCUGACGGCCAGCGAGGUGCAGCGCGGGCUGGGCUACUACGGCAGCGGCAGGCGGCUGGAGGAGGUGGUGGCCAAGCUGAUGCGUGGGGAGCCCAUCAGGGCAUACACGCUGGGCGGCAGCGUUACAAAGGGCUCGGGAUCCUCCGAGGACGAGCUUGCCUACCCGGGCCGCUUCUUCGAGUUCCUCAACAAGACCUUCCCGCACAAGGACCAUGUGUUUGUGAACAAGGGGGUGGGCGCCACCAGCUCCGGCAUCUUUGCGGCCUGCAUCGAGCACAUGCUGCCUGACGGAGCUGACCUGGUGGUGCUGGAGUUCACAAUGAACGAGAAUGCGGACGUGCCGUUCACCGAGCCGCAGCGCCGCGGCUACGAGCAGCUCCUGCGCAAGCUGCUGCGCAUGCCGGGCCCGCCCGCGCUGCUGCAGCUGCACCACUACGCCUGGUGGCGCGCCGCGGAGGACGGCGUGGAUGGCGGCCUGUUCUAUUACCCCAUGGCGGAGGCGCACCUGUAUGUGAUGUCGCAGUAUUACGACAUCCCCUCAGUCUCCCUGCGCUCCGCCACCUGGCACCUCAUGCACAACCGCAUCGAGCGCUUUGACGUGGACAAGGCGACGGCGCGGCACAAGCGGCACAUCGGGCCCACUGGCCACGAGAUCCCGCACUCCACAGCGAAGAAGAAGUGGAAGUACUUUUAUUAUGACAGGACGCACCCCAACGACAAGGGUCACCAGGUCCUGGCAGAGCUGCUGGCAGGCGCGGUGCUGCAGGCGGCGGAGCGCGUGCAGGCGGGCGGCGGCGUGGCCGCGGCGGCCGCGGCAGCGGGCUGGCUGCCGGAGCGGCGGGCGGCGGCGCUGGAGGAGCUGCCGCCGCCGAUGAUCCCGCACAAUGAGGACGCGCCCAGCACACUGUGCGCCAUGCAGGUGGGCUGUGUGUGUGUGUGUUCGUGCGGUGGAGCUGGGAUGUGGGGUUGGGGGGACUGA